AUCUUAUUCAAACUUGGACAAUGUAUGCUGGAAAGAUACUUCAUGUACACCAAAAAUGAAAGAAAUCAGACCAUAAAUAGCGGAGUUCACUUCUCAGCCAUUAGCGGCCGCUUAGCGGUAUAUUUUUGUAUGGUUGUUAUGGUUAUAUUCUCAUUUUUUCGGUCUCAUUUGAUAGAAUGAAAGAUAUAUUACAGAAAUAGAUAUGAUUUUGAUUGCUUUCAUGACGAAAAGUACAUUGAAAUUGCGCUCACAGUAGCGAAAAUGUUCUAUUCUUUAGCGAAGCUCAAGAGUAAACAAAUGACGUCACUGUCCAAUACCUAAAUGCACAAGUUGUCCAGUUUCCAGAAAACUCUUGCUAUCAAUUCGGUACAAAAUAAUUCAUAUGAGAAGUCUUACCAUGGCUGCCAAAAUUCUAGGAGGUAGCGCACAAGAAAAUAUUACAAAAAUUAAAAAGGCUUUCUUGGAUGGUGUGAAUACUGUUCAGCCACAUGAACUUAUUGGAAAAUCCAUAAAACAAGACACAGAUAAAUUGUUUAUUAAUGGUACAAAAUAUGACCUUCACCAUAAUGUAUAUGUUAUUGGAUUUGGAAAAGCUGUUAUUGGAAUGGUGAAGCCCAUUCAGUUAGCCCUGGUGACAUCAGAUGGUGGGUCCCACCUGAAGGGAGGAAUUGUAAGUGUUCCACUUGGAAUUCAGAAAUCACUAGCAGAUAAACCACAUAUGCUACCAAAUGAGUGCUCAUGCCUUGAGAUUUUGGAAGGAGCCAAAGACAAUAUACCAGAUGAAGCUGCAUUUGCUGCAGCAAAAAAAAUAGUUUCACUAUUAGAGAAAUUAAGCGAGGAAGACCUUUUAUUAGUUUUGAUAUCAGGUGGAGGCUCAGCUCUCCUGCCAUAUCCAAUUCCUCCUCUUUCAUUAAAUGAGAAAAGUGAAAUGACUAAAUCACUGAGCCGUGCAGGGGCAACUAUCACUGAGCUCAAUACAGUGCGAAAAGAACUCUCUUUAACAAAGGGCGGGGGACUAGCAGAAUUAACAAAAGCAAGGAUUGUUUCUUUUAUCCUGUCAGAUAUUAUCAACAACCCCCUUGAUAUGAUUGCUAGUGGGCCAACUGUGCCUAACAGGGAUACUCCUGGAGCUGCUGAGAAGAUUCUUAAAAAGUAUAAUAUAUCAACUAAAGAUUAUGUUAAGAAAAUUAUUCAGAGGAAAAGAAUACAUUCUUCAAUGUUAGAAUUUCCACAUGUCAUUAACCAUAUUAUAGGAAGCAAUGAAACAGCCUUACUAGGUGUUGAAGCUUCAUUAUCCUCUCAGACUAGCAGUCCUUGCCUUUCAUUAAUCCUCACAUCAUCCCUUAAAGGUGAAGCUUCAAAAAUUGGUACAAAAAUGGCAGAAUUAGUAGUAGCCAUAACUCAGAUAUUAUGUGGUAGUGAGGAUGAGCUAUGUGAUGAAUUACUCUUGGAUUUGUGUGUCACUGUUGAUAAAAAGAAAGCUAUCACAGAAACCUUGCAAAAUAGUUCUGAAAUAAAGUGUCCCAUAUGGCUAAUAUUUGGUGGUGAGACCACUGUUACUGUCCAAGGUUCAGGUCGAGGAGGAAGAAAUCAAGAGAUGGUCCUUUCUACUAGUGUGGCUCUAGAGGAGAUCACAAGUACAGGAGGCUCAGCUGCAAGGUCUUGUUCCAGAAGACUUUCUUGGUGUCAAUGAUUCUUAUACGUACUUCAGUCAACUGAGCUCAGGACAGUUUCUUCUCAAGCCUGGUCAUACAGGAACCAAUGUUAUGGACCUGCAAAUCCUACUCAUUAAUCCCAAAUUGUGACAGUUUGCCACUACUUCGUUUAUGAGUUUGCUGUAUAAAAAUUGCUGAACAUUUUAGUUUUUGUCCUCCAUUCAGAAUAAGCAGAAGCAUGAUCUAUUUCCAGGUUGUAGACUAAUUGUGAAGGAACCCUCAUUUUUUUUAGUAACAAUUCUUCUCAUUGACCCUCAAGGGAGGUUCCUUGAUGCCAGUGAGGGACUUCUGAUGCAACAAAUUGUACCUCCUUUGCUCAGACUAAACCUGAUUGCUUCCCAUUUCCCCUAGGUGCCGUAUGACUUACUGGUUAAGUGCUUCCACCUAAAUAUAACAAUGGUCAGAUUGGCACUGUGGUCUGCACUGUAUGACCCUGGUGGUUGAGCGCUUAGUUUUGAUUAUAAUAAUAAUAAUAAUGGCAACCAGGUAGUAGGUUGGUAGACAGCAGCCGCCCAGGGAGGUACUACCGUCCUGCUUAAUGAGUGUAAAACGGAAACCUGUCAUUGUUUUACAUGAUGGUAGGAUUGUUGGUGUCUUUUUUCUGUCUCAUAAACAUGCAAGAAUUCAGGUAUGUCGUGCUACUUCUACCUGCACUUAGGUCACACUACACUUGCAUGUACAAGCAUGUAUAUACACACCCCUCUGGGUUUUCUUCCCUUUUCUUACCAGUUCCCAGUUCUUGUUUAUUUCCUAUUAUCACCAUGGGAAAGUGGAACAGAAUUCUUCCUCCAUUAGCCAUGUGUGUUGUAAGAGUAAUGUAUACAGGAGCAAGGGGUUAGUAACCCCCUUCUCCUGUUUUUUUUUUUUUUCAACAAGUCGGCCGUCUCCCACCGAGGCAGGGCGACCCAAAAAAGAAAGAAAAUCCCCAAAAAGAAAAUACUUUCAUCAUCAUUCAACACUUUCACCACACUCACACAUUAUCGCUGUUUUUGCAGAGGUGCUCAGAAUACAACAGUUUAGAAGCAUAUACGUAUAAAGAUACACAACAUAUCCCUCCAAACCCCUCCUUUAAAGUGCAGGCAUUGUACUUCCCAUUUCCAGGACUCAAGUCCGACUAUAUGAAAAUAACCGGUUUCCCUGAAUCCCUUCACUAAAUAUUACCCUGCUCACACUCCAACAGAUCGUCAGGUCCCAAGUACCAUUCGUCUCCAUUCACUCCUAUCUAACAUGCUUAUGCACGCUUGCUGGAAGUCCAAGCCCCUCGCCCACAAAACCUCCUUUACCCUCUCUCUCCAACCCUUUCGAGGACGACCCCUACCCCGCCUUCCUUCCCCUAUAGAUUUAUAUGCUUUCCAUGUCAUUCUACUUUGAUCCAUUCUCUCUAAAUGACCAAACCACCUCAACAACCCCUCUUCUGCCUCUAAUACUUUUAUUAGCUCCACACCUUUUCCUAAUUUCCACACUCCGAAUUUUCUGCAUAAUAUUUACACCACACAUUGCCCUUAGACAGGACAUUUCCACUGCCUCCAACCGUCUCCUCGCUGCUGCAUUUACCACCCAAGCUUCACACCCAUAUAAGAGUGUACACUAUUAAAGUAUACACUAUUAAAGUUAAAAAGAGAAACUUUUAUAUUUCUUUUUGGGCUACCCUGUCUCAGUGGGAUACAGCUGGGUUGUUGAAAGAAAUAAGAGAUCUACGUAUUGUGUACCAUGUAUUCUUACAUUUGCCAACCAUUUUUUUUUCAUGAAUUGCUGUUGUAUUACUAUAUUUUGUAACCCAUCUGUAUUUUUACCGAUAUUUAAUAUUUUGCCUUUUCUUCUAAUUGCCCUCUGAAUCCUGCUUCUUUUUUCUUAUGUAUGCCCUCUUCUACCUUGACAUUUUAAUUUACUUUUCAAAUCACUAAUUCUUUCAACAAACUGGCCAUAUCUCACCGAGGCAGGAUGGCCCAAAAGGAAAAACGAAAGUUUCUCCUUUUAAAUUUAGUAAUACAUAUACAGGAGAGUAGGUAGUAGGUUGGUAGACAGCAACUGCCCAGGGAGGUACUACCGUCCUGCCAAGUGAGUGCAAAACGAAAGCCUGUAAUUGUUUUACAUGAUGGUAGGAUUGCUGGUGUCUUUUGUCUGUCUCAUAAAUAUGCAAGAUUACAGGUAAGUCUUGCUACUUCUACUUACACUUAGGUCACACUACACAUACAUGUACAAGCAUAUAUAUACACACCCCUCUGGGUUUUCUUCUAUUUUCUUUCUAAUUCUUUCUAAUCCUCUGUAAGCCAUGCGUGUCGUAAGAGGCGACUAAAAUGCCGGGAGCAAGGGGCUAGUAACCCCUUCUCCUGUAUUCUUUCUUUCUUUUCUUUCAACACACCGGCCGUAUCCCACCGAGGCGGGGUGGCCCAAAAGGAAAAACGAAAGUUUCUCCUUUUACAUUUAGUAAUAUAUACAGGAGAAGAGGUUACUAGCCCCUUGCUCCCGGCAUUUUAGUUGCCUCUUACAACACGCAUGGCUUACGGAGGAAGAAUUCUGUUCCACUUCCCCAUGGAGAUAAGAGGAAAUAAACAAGAAUAAGAACUAGAAAGAAAAUAGAAGAAAACCCAGAGGGGUGUGUAUAUAUGUGCUUGUACAUGUAUGUGUAGUGUGACCUAAGUGUAAGUAGAAGUAGCAAGACGUACCUGAAAUCUUGCAUGUUCAUGAGACAGAAAAAAGGACACCAGCAAUCCUACCAUCAUGUAAAACAAUUACAGGCUUUCGUUUUACACUCACUUGGCAGGACGGUAGUACCUCCCUGGGCAGUUGCUGUCUACCAACCUACUAC